AUGGCGCCCGAGGCCCGAGCUCGGUGGAUGGAGGCCUGCCGCUGGGUUCCUGCUGUACAGGACGCAGGGUGGGGACGGCGGCCGGAGCCGCCGCCGCCGUUACGCGACCUCGACUGGGUGGACUAUUUCGGUUGUGUCGUCAUCGCCGUCAUCGUCUGCGUCACCGCCGUCCAUUUCCGUGGCUUCUUGCUCGACGACGAGUACUCCGUCGUGAACGUCCUCUUGCUAAUCCUGACCAGAAUGCACAUGCUCGUGAUGAAGUUAUCUCCGGCGCCGUCCAGCAGGACCGCCCUCGCGCUGCUUCCCACCUGUCCGGCACUCGCCCUAAGCACGCCGCCGGUGUGCUACGGCAGUAGCGGCUUUGCAGAUAGCAACUGGCGGAGCGAUGAACAGGACAGUGAUUACAAGGCCGCCAGGAAGUGCUUUGACAGUCUUGUACGUGAUGCUGCCCGGACCUGCGAUGAACAAGAGGAUGAUUACAAGGCCACCAUGAAGUGCUUUGACAGUCUUGUCCGCGAUGCUGCGAGGAUCUGCUUUGUUUGGAGCUACGAUGCUAUUCCUCUGACUCGUCAAUGUAACAUCUAUUUUUCAUUCUCCAGUACAAUAAUCUUGGAAUCAAUACUUGAUUCCAAUUGA